AUGUCGAACUUGGGAGAGUAUGACAUGGACUUUUACCAAUCUAAUUAUACGAUUGAUAAUCAGGAGCAGAGCUAUAAUGAUUCCAAUGCUUAUGGAAAUCUUUAUGGAUCCAGAGAAACACAAGCCGCUGAGCAGCGUCCACCUUCCUCUUCUGUUCCAGCAGAGAUGCUCCUGUCAUCGAGUUAUGCAGGGCAGCUCUUUCAGCCAGCAUCUAACUCAGACUAUUAUCCACAAUCUCCUUCAGUGGACGGUUUUGAUGAAGAGCCUCCUUUGCUAGAAGAACUUGGAAUUAAUUUUGAUCACAUAUGGCAGAAAACCUUGACGGUGCUAAACCCAAUGAAGCCAGCAGAUGGCAGCAUUAUGAACGAAACAGAUCUCACAGGACCCCUGCUUUUCUGUGUGGCUCUGGGAGCCACAUUGCUUCUGGCAGGAAAAGCCCAGUUUGGUAACGUAUACGGCAUGAGUGCCAUUGGCUGCCUCGGGAUUUACACCUUAUUAAACUUGAUGAGUUCUGCAGGGGUGUCAUAUGGUUGUGUGGCCAGUGUCCUAGGAUACUGUUUGCUCCCCAUGAUCAUCUUGUCCAGCUGUGCCAUCUUCUUUUCAUUGCAGGGCACCUUUGGAACUGUGUCAGCCCUGCUCAUCAUCAUCUGGUGCAGUCUUUCAGCUUCCAAGAUCUUCAUUUCAGCCUUGGCCAUGGAAGGACAACAGCUUCUUGUUGCUUACCCCUGUGCCUUAUUUUACGGACUGUUUGCCCUUCUGACAGUUUUCUAAAGACUACUGAUGUGGCUUUUCAAGAUUCCACUUGCUUGCUGUUCAUAUUUUUUUUGCAAGUGCAUUAGCACUCAAAUUCAGUGAGAUAACUUCUGUUUUAUUGCUGUUGAGAGAAUAUUAAGCAGAGAGACAAAACAGCACUCAAGGAUAGUGCUCUAAUAGCCUGUUUG